AUGCCUCGAUGGACAUUUGAAACAACACCAGGGACCUUCACCCGCGAAGAGAAGCAUCUCAUCGCGCACAAGGUCACCGAUCUCUACAUCGCCCGCGGAGUCCCAAGUUUCUUCAUCAACGUCUUCUUCCACGAAAACGGCCCCGACAACUUCUUCAGCGGCGGAAAGAACCCUCCAGAGGCGGUGUUCUUCCACAUCGACCACGCCAUCAGGAAGCUCCCCGACGAAGAGGCACGCAAGAAGUUUAUUGCGGAAGCCAACGCCAUCAUGAAGCCGAUUCUCGACCCCAAGGGAAUCAAAUGGGAAUCGAACAUCUAUGAGCACCCUAGAUAUAACUGGAGAAUCAAUGGCAUGAUUCCUCCGGUUGAACACCCCGAGAUUAUGAAGGAGUGGAAGGAGAAGGAUAUGGCGAUCGCGUAUGAGGGUGCUGAGUAG